AUGGAAUUGGCAAACGGGAACAGAGAUGUUGUCGACCCCGAAGUUCGCGCCUAUGUUUCGAGUCUUGUGUCUGCAUUGGGUGGAAGCGGCGCCGAUGAGGAUGGACGAUAUAUACUUGGAGACGACGCCAUAGCAUGUCUGCGGGAUCUCAAGAGAUGGUUGAAGUUAUACGAUGAGAAGGCGAAUCGACUGGACGUGGCACGAUGUUUGGCAGAAUCGAAUCUGGUUGGAGGGGAUUUGCUUGAAAUUCUGGCGACCUGGUCCGAGAACGCAACAGAAGACCGACUCAAAUUGAAGGUAGCUCUGGCAUGCCUGGAGCUUAUGGUGCCACUUACGUGGCCGCUAGAGAAGAACCCAGAACAGAUGACGGUCAAUCAUCACCGACAUAUUCCCUAUCUCGAAAUUGCCCAACUUGGAUACAAGCGCGAUAUUGUAAAUUAUGAUGGCGCAAGGAUACUUCACACUGCGGUGAGGUGCGCGUUACCCUCUAUGGCGCAGGAUAUGGGCGACCGGAGCAGCAGGGACGAGGGAAUUAUCAAACUUAUGCUAUACUUUUUGCGUAAUAUUGCCAUGAUUGCUCCUCCGCCAAACGUUCAAUACGAGGGAGAUGAAGCCGAGAUCUCGAGAUCCUCCAUGAUCGACGCUUUCGACUACCAAGAUAUAUUUCAGCUGCUAUUAACCCUUUCUUCGACAAUGGGGGAGGACUUCAACACUCAAGACGUGGUAGUUUUAGACCUAAUAUUCCAACUGAUUAAAGGAGUUGAUAUCAACAAACUCUUUCUGGACGAGAAAAAAGUGAAGAGCGGGCAAAUGGAUGAGUUGGCGCAAUUAAGGGAGAAGGAGGCAGCAAUGUUAAGGAGCUACCAAACUCACGCACCUACAAGACAUAAUCGGUUUGGUCCCAUGGUCUGGAUUCAGCGAGAAGAUGGGAAGAACACAGCGAUUUCCGGACAGGCUGCCGUGUCGGACUCUACGAGGGGUCUGGCAAAGAUGGACAGUACCAAGAAGUUCAGACCUCCACAUCGGGCUUUGAAAUCACAAGGUGGACCCAUGGAUUUUGACACCUCUGCACGCCUGACUGUUACAGCCACCAAGCAUCUCCGUGCUUUUGUGGAGGAGUUCUUGGAUGCAGGAUUCAAUCCACUUUUCAACCACGUUCGCAAAGCCAUUGACCGAGAAGCAGAACGGAUUCUAGAGUACCACCCUAGACAGUUCUUCUACCUGGUUUCAUGGUUCCUCGAGGCGGAACGCGCGAGACGACAAAUCAAAGCGCCCUCAAGUCGCCAAAAGUCGGUCAACCCAGACGACUUAGACAGCUUUUCACUAGUAGCAAGUGUCUUGAGCCAAGAAAUGUUCGUCACAUUGAACAGAGCUAUGGAUUCAGCUUUUGAGAAUAAACUGUGGCAUAAUCUCAGUGCUGCGAUGAAAUGCUUUACGCAGAUUCUCAUCACUGUUCAGGAAAUGUCUGAAUCUCCGCUUGAGGAAGAUCAAGAAAUUGCGGAGAAUAUCCUUAACCGCAUAUUUUACGAAGAGACCACACAUGACCGGGUUGCAAAUAUCACCCGCACUUACAAAGACCAAGGAUUCGGCUACCUGGAUUCUGUUACAGACCUCGCACACAACUAUUUGCGAAUUCUCGAGCGAUACGCGAAACAGAAUAUGGAUCUACAAGUGAGGUCACGGAGGCGGGUCCGACGAAAAAAGAAAGCCGCACGAGAAGCCGGCGAAGAUGAUGGCAAUGAUAAUAUUGUUGAUGAAUCGGAAGGAGAAGACGAAACUCGGGCAGAACGAACGUCAAAUGAACGGAAAUUCGACUUUAAGCGUUUUGCUUCGAGAUUUGCGACUCAAGGAUGCGUCGACACAUUUGUCACCUUCACUGGAUAUUAUAAUGAUCUCAAGCCUCCCCAAUUAAAACGCGCCCAUCGUUUUUUUUAUCGCGUUGCUUACAAGCAGGACAUGAGUGUGAUGCUCUUCAGAGUCGAUAUCAUUGCUCUCUUCUAUAAAAUGAUCAAGGGCCCACAAAGUCUUGACCCACAGUCUCCCUGCUACAAGGAGUGGGAAGCAUUUGUCAAGCAAAUAUUGAAAAGGAGUUUCAAGAAAAUUCAAGAACGACCCGAGUUAGUAGUCGAAAUGCUAUUUUCGAAAAUCAAUAGUACUGCGCAUUAUCUCGAGUAUGGCUACGAGAAGCAGACGGUGACUACAACACCACGCGCCGCAGCGGAAUUGGAAGUCAAACCAGGCAAGGAGUGGGAAGAGCAGAUUAGUAUCGUCGUUGGGGCUAUGCUUGACAGGAACGAAGCGGAACAUCUUCAAUGGAUCAAGCCGCAACUCUCUUCUGCCGAGAGCGAACGAAGGAGUUGGGAAGGGUCGAAUGCUGCAUUGCAGUCUAUCGAGGACGAUCCUUUUGCUGAGCCAAACACCGAAACACCUGCUGAGCCACUUGAGCCACCAAAAGCUCCCACUAUUCUGGUUAAACCUGAUAAUGAUACACGAAAGCUCGCUAUGUUCAAGAAUGGGCAUCUCCGGCUUCUCAUGUCAUUAGUCGGAUUUCAACGAUUGGGUGUAGAUGAUGAUCCUGAAAGCUCAUGGGUCAUACCCGCUUCACUGUCUGCAGAUCAACUCAAUCAAUCGCUGGACUUGAUUAAGAAGGCUGAAUUUAACCCCCCUGUCGUUGACGAUGGGCAAGAAGCAGGCGAUUUCAUCAGGCGGAAAUCUGCGGGCACGGCAGCAAGGAGGAGGGCGGUGUUCGAUGAUGAUGACGAUGGAAUUGAUGACGACGAUGAAGAGGAGUUCUUAUUUCCCGCGGGUGGCCCUACCGCCAUGAAGAAGUCCGAGGCCCUAGAGGCAUUAAAGAAGACCCGCCGACGUAGAAGAAAGGAGGGAAGUGAAGAUCCCGAGGGUGGCGGCUUGACAGAAGAACAGCUACAAGCGCGCCGAGAAGCGCGCCGCCAGAAAGAACUCCAGAAGAACCGAAAAAUUAAGAGUGACCUAUUUGUUCAUGAUAGUGAUGACGAGACGGAUGAGGAGAGAGAUCGCAUUUUCUUCGAGCAUGAAAAGAAGCUCCGACAGAAGACUAAAGUUGCGAUUAUGAAGGAGUUACUCCGUGUUGGGAAGGAUGAUGGUGAUAAUGCUAAAAUGAAGAGUAGAAAAAGGGCUUCUAGUGCUAUUUCUGUGGGCAGUGAUGAUGAGGAUAAUAUCAUUCCUAGUUUUCGCUCUUCAUCCACACCAAGGGAAAAUAUCCUCGACGACUCCGAUAUGGAGGCGACUGAUACCCCCUUAUCCAGUCCACACACACGACCUUCAAAAACGAAAAAGCGGAAGGUGGUGGAUGGGGAUGAAGAGGAUUCUGUGUCCGAGUCGGCUGCUGCAGAUGGGUUGAAGAGCAUAACGAAUGCAUUAGGCGAUGACGAUGAGGAUGAAGAUAUGGCCCCUGUUAUGAGACCUAGUCGGCCGAGGGUUAGGGCAGGGUUUAUUGUCGAUAGUAGUGAUGAGGAAUAA